GCUGUGCAAAUUUGACCCCGGUGACCUCCAGUCUCUGACCUGGCUGACCUCGGUGGAUGUCCCUCGCCUGCAGCAGCUCCGCUCAGGCCGAGCCGAGUUCAGCAUGAGCGCUCAGGACCAACUGCACGCAGCAGCUCAGCUGAGUAACAUGAGCGUGGCUGGAGGAGGAACGUCCAUGAUCCAUCUGCAGAGUAACAUGCAGCACAGCCCUCUGGGAAUCAACAGCAUGCCACAGUUUUCUCCCAGUUUUCCGUGUCCUGCCUCGGUCUAUCAGCCCUCUUCUCAGCAGGUGAUGACUUUCUCCCAGUCCAACCAGCAGUGUUCUCCUGGAGGACUGUACAGCAACUUCAACAACCAGAGUUUAUUCACACAGCAGCAGAUCCACACUCCACACAGCCAGGAGACGCAGCCCAAAACCUUCCCCAAACCCAUCUACUCCUACAGCUGCCUGAUUGCUAUGGCUCUGAAGAACAGUAAGACAGGCAGUCUCCCGGUCAGUGAGAUCUACAGCUUCAUGAAGGAACACUUCCCCUACUUUAAGACGGCACCAGACGGCUGGAAGAACUCUGUCCGGCACAACCUGUCUCUGAAUAAAUGUUUCGAGAAAGUGGAGAACAAGAUGAGCGGCUCGUCGAGGAAGGGCUGCCUGUGGGCUCUCAACCCAGCCAAGAUCGAUAAGAUGGAGGAGGAGAUGCAGAAAUGGAAGCGUAAAGACUUAACGGCCAUCCGACGCAGCAUGGCCAACCCAGAUGAAUUAGACAAGCUGAUCACAGAUCGGCCGGAGAGCUGCAGAAGGAAACCGCUGGAUCCUCAGCUUCCUCCUCCUCAGCCGGUUUUGUCUCUGCAGUGUCUCACUGUUCACCAUCAGCUCCAGCUGCAGCUCCACACUCAGCCCCGGAUAGCACCGACGUCUCCGGCUCCUGCUCAAACUCCACCGCUCCACCCUGUACCUGACCUCGUCAAACAACCACCACAACAACAUCAACAACAACAACCGGCAGAGAUCUUCAGCGUCCACAGUGAUGUCCAUUCUGAGGUGGACGCUCUGGACCCCAGCAUCAUGGAUUUCGCCUUGCAAGGAAACCUGUGGGACGAGAUGAAGGAUGACAGCUUUAACCUGGAGGCCCUGGGUUCGUUCAGUAACUCCCCCCUGCGUCUCUCUGACUGUGAUCUCGAGGGUGUGAGCACGACGCCGGUGUCCAGCGCUGCGGAAAUUCCCUUCUCGGGUGUUUACACAUCUUACAGCACGGUGGAUGGAUUCACCAACCAGUACAUCAACACACAAGGCAGCAACAAACCCAUUGUCCUGCAUUAAAACACACACACACACGUGCGCACACCCCUACCAAACAGCAAAGACCAGCUUUACUCCAAAGGACCAUCAACAAUGUGGACUGCGGCUUUUGAUUAUUUUACUCAUUUUAUUAUUUUCCUGGCUUUUACUUUUCUACAAUACUUUUCAGUAUCGAGCCAAACAAUACUGUAUUCAUAACAGACAGCCUUCCUUCCACAAACUAUCACUGACAGAACCUCUGGAACUCUGAUCGUAAAAAAAGGGACAUACGUAAUGUUUGACUCAAAUCAGUCUCCAGUGCUGAGAGAAAAGUGAACCAAACAGCUAAUUUCUGGAAAACAAGAAAAUAUAUGAAUGGUUAUGUACAUAGGAGUCUUCCAUAUAUACAGCUAAAUGGACCAUUUGGAUGUUGUACAUUUUGUCUGCACCAUGUGUGUAAGCAAAAGUUUCAAUAUCUGUUUUUCCCCCCAUUCCAGACUAGGCAUGUGCUGACAUUACAUGUUAUACAUCACAGUAAUAAGCUAACAUUUUAUCAUGGUUUAUAAAAUCACAACACUAGAUUACUAUGUAAAUGAUAUAUUUAGCUUGAGGUCCUGUCUUGGGAACAGCAUUAUGGGAUCGCCUUCUCUGAGACAGACACGUGACACACUUUCAAGCGUAUCCAAAAUAAAGAAACUUAUUCCACGAGGGUUUACAGCAGAAGCACAAAGGCUCACUCCUGAAUAGCGCACGAGUAGGCGAUGGCAUUUUGAAGAAUCCACUAUAACCAUAUUGUACGCGUUGUAUCAAUGAUCAGCACAUGUCUAUUCCUAAUAAAAGUCUGCUAAUUAUGAGUUGAUUCUAAUGAGAGAAAAUGACGUUUAUAUUUGGUGCUUGGCCCCCUUGUAAGCCUGUAACUAAGCUACUUCCUGUUUUAUUAAAAGGGAUCCACUGUAUUUUUAUUUUUCA